CCGUCCAAUCGAGUGUUAAAAAACGCAACACUUCGAGGUUAUCUUGCACCAGGUUGCGUGACAAAGCCGACAAUCGUCAGCUGACUGUUUAUACCCCUCACCUCGUGUUGUCAAAGAUUGAGCAACCGGAGUUAAUUCUGUUAUUUAUUUAUUCGUUGUAAGUGCUAGUUAAUCGUCAACUGUCACUCCAAGAUGUUGAGACCAGCCAGGACGUUGGUGACGACCCUUCAACGUGUCAAAGAAUGCAGUCCAAUGUUGAGGUGCAGUCGACAGAGAUCAGACAUAACAGAAUACGAGUCUCCCAUCACGGAUGAGUACAAGAGAGGACCUUCCGAGGGAAGGUCUCUGUAUAUGGACGCACAGGCCACUACACCCGUUGAUCCCAGGGUUUUGGACAAAAUGCUACCUUUCUUCACAGCUUACCAUGGCAAUCCUCACUCCAGGACUCACAUGUAUGGUUGGGAGUCUGAAGCUGCCGUGGAGCAUGCGAGAAAGCAAGUGGCUGAUUUGAUUGGAGCUGAUAAAAAGGAGAUAAUUUUCACGUCUGGUGCAACUGAGUGCAACAAUAUUGCAGUGAAAGGUGUUGGGAGGUUCUACAAAGCUAAGAAAAAACACAUUGUGACGACACAAACGGAGCAUAAAUGCGUUUUGGAUUCGUGUAGAGCUCUCCAAGCAGAAGGAUUCGAGGUCACUUACCUUCCAGUCUUACCAAAUGGUUUGAUAGAACUUGAAAAAUUGGAGGCUGCGAUAAGACCCGACACGUCUCUCGUGUCCAUAAUGACCGUGAAUAAUGAAAUUGGAGUUAGACAACCCAUCGAAGAAAUUGGUGCCUUAUGCAGGAAGAAAAAGGUAUUUUUCCACACAGACGCAGCCCAGGCAGUGGGUAAAAUCCCAAUAGACGUGAAUUCAAUGAACAUUGACCUGAUGUCCAUCAGUGGACACAAAAUCUAUGGGCCCAAGGGGGUGGGAGCUCUCUACGUCCGCAGAAGGCCGAGGGUACGCGUGGAGCCCAUUCAGAGUGGUGGAGGACAGGAAAGGGGGAUGAGGAGUGGUACAGUCCCGACUCCUCUUGCUGUCGGGCUUGGACAGGCUUGUGAAAUCGCUGGCGCUGAAAUGGAGUAUGACAAAAAUCACAUAACGAGCCUCGCGAAUUACCUAAUCGAGAAAAUAGCAGCGAAUAUUCCGCAUGUUGUGCGAAACGGGGAUCCAGUUUGCUGGUACCCAGGCUGUGUGAAUUUAUCAUUUGCCUACGUCGAGGGUGAAUCAUUGCUGAUGGCCCUCAAGGACGUGGCCUUGAGCAGUGGCUCAGCGUGCACUAGUGCCAGUCUCGAGCCCAGUUAUGUUCUUCGAGCGAUUGGAGCCUCUGAGGACCUCGCCCACUCCAGCAUUCGGUUUGGCAUUGGGAGGUUCACGACUUUCGAGGAAAUUGAUUACACAGCUGACAACACUAUUCGACAUGUUAAACGCCUCAGGGAGAUGAGUCCACUCUGGGAAAUGGUGGAGGAUGGCAUCGAUCUGAAGACCAUUAAAUGGACUCAGCACUGAUUCUGCUGAGUAUCGAAAUCAUCUCAGUGACUCAUUGUUACAAUAAUUUCGUAUGAGCACUAACAGUACGAAAACAAAACACAACGGAAUUCUCUGAAUCUCCGAUAACUCUAGAAAUGCAUCUCGAGUUAUCGAUGAUUUUUUUAAAUACCAGAAUGUCCUGUAAAAUUCCGAGUUGUAUAAUUUUUCUUCACUCAAUAAAAAUCUAUAUCAUUCGAAA